AUGGCAGCGCCUGUGGCGAUCAGCAGCAAGGACGUGGAUGCCUUCCUGGCGUCGUGCGCGGCGUCGAGCGAGGCCGCGUACGGCGCCGCCGAGGCCGUGCUCCGGCGCCUCCAGGACCCCGCCUCCCGUGCCGGGGCGCGCCGCCUCCUCGGCGCCGUCCGACGCCACUUCGCCGAUGGGCAGGACGACGAAUGUGCCCGCACCUUCCACUUCCGAAUCCGCGACGUCCUCCUCGACCCCCACCUCCAAGAAAUUUAUCAACUGCUUCUAGGAUCCCAAAAAAGAAAGAAGCUAACAGUCAUGGAGAUUCCUAGCAUUUUCAUUUCUGAAGAUCGGCGCUUCGCUUUCUACGAGGGCCUCAAUCAGCUUCCAGAUCAUGUUUUCAGGGAUAAGACAGUUGCAGAGCUGGAAUGUGGCAAUGGUUGGAUAUCCAUUGCGCUUGCAGAAAAGUGGUCCCCUUUGAAGGUAUAUGGUCUGGAUGUUGACCCAAGGGUUAUCAAGAUUGCAUGGAUAAAUCUUUACUUGAAUGCACUAGAUGACGAUGGUCUCCCAAUCUAUGAUGGGGAGGGGAAAACAUUACUUGAUAGAGUUGAAUUCCAUGAGUCUGAUCUUCUUGCAUACUGUAGAAACAAUAAGACAGAACUUGAUUGCAUUGUUGGAUGCAUACCACAGAUUCUUAACCCCAACCCAGAGGCCAUGUCAAACAUUAUAACUGAAAAAUCAAGUGUUGAGUUCUUGUACUCCCUGAACAACUACUAUGAUCUUCAGAGUUUUGCUGAAAACCAAUUUGGCCUUGGGUUGAUUGCUCGGGCAGUUGAAGAAGGGAUAGCUAUCAUAAAGCCUAUGGGUAUUAUGAUAUUCAACAUGGGAGGCCGACCAGGUCAAAGCAUCUGCGAACGCAUAUUUCUUCGCCGUGGAUUACGCAUCAAUAAGCUCUGGCAAACAAAAAUUAUGCAGGCUAUCGACACAGAUAUUUCAGCUUUAGUUGAAAUUGAGAAAAUGUGCCCUCAUCGCUUCGAGUUUUUCAUUGAUCUUCAUGGGGAUCAACCUGUCUCUGCACGCACUGCCUUGGCAUACAUGAAAUCUGGUGGCCAUGUUUCACAUGCUUUCUACGUGUAUAGCUGUCAACUUCGCCAACCUAACCAGGUGAAGAAACUAUUUGAGAUUGUUAAAAAUGGAUUGCAUGAAGUCAGCAGCUCCCUCGAUUUAUCCUUUGAUGAUGAUUCUGUUGCCGCUGAAAAGAUGCCCUUCCUAGUACACCUAGCUAGUCUUCUGAAAGAUAAUAAGCCCAUUCCUUGUGAACCUCCAGCUGGAUGUUUAAACUUCCGGAAUCUUGUCGUGGAAUUUAUGGACUGCUACCACCACAUACCAUUAACUCCUGAUAAUGUUGUUGUAUUCCCUUCCCGCGAUGUGGCAAUAGAAUAUUCUCUUCGACUAUUCUCUCCAGCACUUGCAAUUGUUGAUGAACAUCUGACCAGGUACUUGCCCAAGCAAUGGUUAACAUCUUCAGCAAUUGAGGGGAGAGCAGAUUGUAACCAUGCUGAAGACGCGGUCACUGUAAUUGAAGCACCGGCCCAAUCAGAUUUGCUGAUUGAGUUGGUCAGGAAACUGAAGCCUCAGGUUGUUGUUACUGGCGUAGCUCAAUUUGAGGUUAUCACCAAUGCAGCUUUCGUGAACUUACUAAGCACAACGGAAGAUGUUGGUUCUCGCUUAUUCAUAGACAUUUCAGAGCAUCUGGAGUUAUCUAGUCUGCCAAGCUCUGAUGGCGUGUUGAAAUAUCUUGCUGGAAUCACCCUACCUUCGCAUGCAACUAUACUAUGUGGUCUUGUAAAAAAUCAGGUUUACUCUGGCAUGGAAGUUGGUUUUGCCAUUUCUGAGACAGCUGUAUGUAAGGCAUUAUCACAAACUAUUGAGCUAUUGGAAGGACACACUUCUGUGAUCAGCCAGCACUAUUAUGGCUGUCUUUUACAUGAGCUGCUGACGGUUCAAACCGGUGAUCGUCAUCCACAGCAAGAGAGACAACCUGCAGAAGUGAAACCUCAAAUGAUGAUAGGAUUUUCCAAUUCAGCUAGGUCUACCCUAGAAGAAGCUGAAUUUUUUGUUCCUGAUUCCAAGGAUUCUAGUGUCAUUCAUAUGGAUUUAGAUCGAAGCUUCUUGACAGUACCUUCUUCAGUGAACGCCUCCAUUUUUGAAAGUUUUGUGAGGCAGAACCUCACGGAUUCUGAAACUGAUGUUCAUUCUAGCAUUGAAAAGCUGGUGAGAGAUACCUAUGGUUUCCCAGGAGACGAUUGUCCCGACAUUGCAAAAGUCAGUUACCGUAAGGAAAUUAUGUGUGGCAGCACCUGUCUUGCACUCUUCAACAAGCUUGUCCUUUGUUGUAUGCAAGAACAAGGCACCUUCCUUUUCCCCUUUGGCACAAAUGGGCACUAUGUCAAACUGGCGAAGUUUUUGAAUGCAAAAACCUUGACAAUUCCAACAAAUGUAGAUUCAGGCUUCAAGAUUGAACCGAUGGCGUUAGACGCAGCUCUAGAGGAUGCAUAUGAGAACAAGAAUGUAACUCGGGCAUGGGUAUAUAUUUCAGGCCCUACAAUCAACCCUUCUGGUUUCCUGUACAGUGAUGGUGAGAUAAAAGAUCUGAUUUCCGUUUGUGCUCAACAUGCAGCUAGAGUAGUGAUAGAUAUCUCCUUCUCUGGUCGUGAGUUUCAAACUGAUGGCUGGAGUCGGUGGAAUUUGAGUAAUUUGUCUUAUGAUAUUUGUUUAUGCCCCCCACUCAGUUAUUUUAUGCUUGGAGAGCUGUCUCUUGAGCUGACCACAGGUGGGCUUGAAUUUGGAUUCCUGAUUUCGAGUAAGCCGUCUGAUGUGGAAGUUAGUUUCCGAAAUUUGAGUCAACCACAUAGCACACUGAAGUACACUUUCGGAAAACUGUUGGGUUUGAGUCAGCCGUAUAGAAUAAGCACACUGCACUACAAUUUGAGAGAACUGUUGGGUCGUAAGAACGAGUGGGAUGGGCCGUUCCCUAAUCCCAUCAUGGAGCAAAAGGAGAAACUAAAGAGUCGUGCCAACAAGUUGACAAAGACACUUGAGAGCUCUGGCUGGGAGGUCGCUGGCGGCCAUGGUGGUAUCUCGAUGCUGGCGAAGCCGACCGCCUACAUCGGCAGACCAUUCAAGACGGACGGGUUUGAAGGCGAGCUCGACGCCUGCAACAUCAGGGAAGCCAUUCUUAGAUCCACCGGUCUGUGCAUAAGCAGUAGCAAAUGGACCGGGAUACCAGACUACUGCAGGUUCAGCUUCGCUCUCGAGAGCAGCGAAUUCAACAGGGCAAUGGACUGUAUAGUUCAGUUCAGGGAGUUGGUUCUGGGAGAUGAUUAAUAAGUCAUAAAUACCGAGAUAGGGAUUAACUGCAUGGAGUGUAAAACCUGAAGAAAUGCAAUUAUCUUUUAUCUUUUAUUUGUCCUUCAAGCAUGGUAUUUUGU